UGUGUUUGGUUUUUGUUUCGACUUAACAGGGUCUCCUUCACUUCACCCACGCGAAAUUGCGCACACCAUUUUACUCCAGACUGUUUUCAACGCGUCGUUUGUGAUAGACGCUUCCUCAUCUACAGCGAUGAGCAGCGUCGGUGAAACGGCGAAAUUGUGAUAGUGUUGUGCAAGCGCUCCUGUGGGUGACCGUGUGUCGGUGCUUGCCUGCGUUUGACACAUCGGUUGCCCCCGGCGUUGUACCGGCAUCACCGCACCCACUUGUCCUCGGCUUGAGAGCAACGCCCCGGCGCGAUGGGCCUUCACACCAUUCUCAAGAAGCUGAGACGCAAGGAGAAGGUCCGAGUCCUCAUCCUAGGGCUGGACAAUGCGGGAAAGACGACACUGCUCAAGAGACUCAAUGGGGAGGACACUUCCGAAGUGUCGCCCACGCUGGGGUUUAACAUCAAAACCCUCGAGCACCGAGGGUUUCGUCUAAACAUGUGGGACGUGGGUGGCCAGAAGUCCCUGCGGGGUUACUGGCGCAACUACUUUGAGAGCACCGACGCCAUCAUCUGGGUGGUGGACAGUGCUGACCGACGCCGCAUGGGGGACUGCCACCGGGAGCUGAGGUCACUCAUCUGUGAGGAGAAGCUGCUCGGAAGCAGUCUGUUGGUCCUGGCCAACAAGCAAGACAUGCCGGGGGCGCUGCCUCCUGACCAAAUUGCAGAGCUGCUCAAUCUGUCGGCCAUCAACAACCUCCACUGGAAGAUGGUCGGCUGCAGCGCAUUCUCAGGCAUGGAGGGACUGCUGGACGGCAUGGACUGGAUGCUCGAUGACCUCUCCAGGCGCCUCUAUUUCAUGGACUGAGGCUUUAGACACAAACUCAUCAGGUUCUUAGUUGGUUCCCCAUCAGCCAGCAGACCACAGAAAAAACCUGUUGUAUAUAUUACAUCUCCCAUGCUUGGCGAGUGGUUUUCCUAUCAAGUUGCUUUGUGAAGUCUGCUUGACAGCUGAUAGUCGAUGUUGUCUUCCGACAGAUUAGGAACCCUGACAGUUACGUCAUGUGUGAGAAAAACCUAAGAGGCUGCAAGGACACCAUUGCUUACUUGCAGAACUUUCAUAUAGGUCACCAAGCGGUGUAACUGAGGUGCUGCUUUUUUAAAGGCAACUUUGUGUACCUACUGCAAAGGAACAACAAAGUCUUGCAUCUACGGGAGUGCACGGUGCGAAAGGUACAUGCAGAGUAGAAGUGUUGUGCUGUGUGUUGUGGUCUGUACACUAUUUGGCUUGAAGUUCAUUAAACAUUGAAAGCAAUAAAGUGUGAUAUGUCCCUUUGUACCAUGCA